AUGGCUACUAUUCUACAGAGCAUACUAAAUAUCAUUUUCAUUAUUGAGUUCUUUAUUGGAAAUUUGGGAAAUGGAUUCAUAGCACUGGUAAACUGCGUGAACUCUGUAAAGAGAAGAAAGAUUCCAUCAGUGGAUAAGAUCCUCACUGCUCUGGCAAUCUCCAGAUUCUCUGCAGUGUGGGUUCUAUUUCUAGACUGGUUGGUGUUUUUAAAAUUCUCACUCUUAUCAAUUACUAGAAAUACACUAAGAAUGAUACAGAUUGCCUGGAAUAUAAGCAAUCAUUUCAGCGUCUGGCUUACUACUAGUCUCAGCAUCUUUUAUUUUCUCAAGAUAGCCAUUUUUUCUAAUGCUAUUUUCCUCUACCUAAAGUGGAAAAUUAAGAGGGUGGUUUUGAUGGCAUUGCUGUUAUCACUGGUCCUUUUGUUUUUGAAUAUGUUUCUAGUUAUCAAACAUAUUGAUGCCUGGAUUGAUGGAUACAAAGUAAACACAUCUAACAGUUUGAGUCCAAGUUUUGUAGAAUUUCCCAGGCUUAUUUUAUUGCCAAGUUUAAUGUUCACUUUGAUACCCUUUGGGGUAUCCUUGACAGCUUUCCUCCUCCUAAUCAUCUCUCUUUGGAAACACAUAAGGAAGAUGCAGUUUUUCACCAAAGGAUGCAAAGAUAUCAGAAUCUGGGCACACAUCACAGCCUUGCAGACUGUGGUUGUCUUCCUCCUAUUUUACAUGGCAUUCUUUCUGUCUCUAGCUCUAGAAUUUUGGAUGUUUGAUAUAGAGAGAAGGGAGACUCUUCUGCUUGCAAGGGUCAGUAUAACGAUUUUUCCUUCCAUACACUCAUGUGUCUUCAUUCUGGGACACAGUAAGCUGAGACAGGACUUGCUUUCAGUAUUGCGGUGGCUGAGGUAUUGGUGCAAGCAAGUGGGAACCUUGGAUCCAUAG